CAGUCAACUUCCUUGACAACGUUCGUGCCCCGUGUCGAGCUUUGUUGUGUGCAGAAAGCAACUCCAUUCUCAGCUAUUUGGCUCUGUGGUUGUUGUAUUAUUUGGGGAAAACACGUAGUUACUGCUUUAACAAUAACGUCGUCUGUUGGUUUUUAGAGUACCUAAAUCAGGGGAGGUCUGUUUUGAUUGAUUCGUCAUGAAUAUAUUGUAUUUAGCCCGGUAACGUUUCCUAUCUAACACGAAUAACGACUGUUGAUAGCAUGCAGUUUGGACUAAGUCCCCCACUUACGUAGCUCGUAAAAUACUAUAUGUCGUACGUAACUGAUGUUAUUAAUUUCAUAAAAGUUUGCAACUGUAUCCUCGUCUCUGAUAAACAAUGGCUGAUUCGUUUAUGUUUCACGCGGUACAUUGCUUUAGCUUUAUGAUCAUACUGUCGAACCAAAGAGCUGUGGCGCAGCCGACAUCACCCGAAACUUUUACUGCGAAGCCGACAGAAACGGAUUCGCGGGCAACGAUCGAAUUCGUCACCUUGGUGCCCGGUUCUUUGCCUACUGUCACCACCGAGGUUGGCACCAUGCCCACCAAAGAUGCAGAUUUUACUACAGCUCGGGCCUCCACAGAACCUGAUACAAUUCCAACUGAUGCUACAACAGAUAUAAAUGUAAUGACAACGGAAGCUGCAACAGAGGCAAAUAUAAUGCCAACUGAUGCUAGCACCUCAGUGUGCACAUGUGAUUUCACCAAUGGCUUGUGCGAUAUUGGCUGUUGCUGUGAUACCAUUGACUGUGGAACCAGUUCUGUCUUCACUGGUUGCGAGAUUGAAGAAAGCUCAGGUGUUUGCAUUGAGAAUUGGCUGAUGUUCCGAGGAAAUGUGAAUCCCACCCUCAUCACUGUCAAUGACACUUUCUUCUGUGUUCGAAAUGAAAAUGAUCAACUGAAAGACUACCUGAGACUCCCAGAUGUCUCUUCACUUCCCAGGAUUCAGAGCCUUUUCUCUUUUCAAAAAGAUACCACAAACCCCAGCACCGCAAGCACAACUUUCUACAGGGUUGAUGAUGCCAUCCUAACCAAGUUCAAAAGCUCAUCUGUAUUGGGUGUACUGAAACAGCCUUCACCGGGGACAGCUAGCACUUCCUGUGUGGACCGGAACCCUGCCAGAUUCCUGCGCUCCGUCUCCCUCUUAUGUUCUCGUUCAGUGACAGCCUUGUCCUGUCUGGGGGACCCCAGACUGAAUGCCCGAUCCUACUUCAAUGGCAUCAGCCUACUCAAGGCCCCCAUGCCUCAGAAUAUCUCCAUCCCUAACCUUACGAUCCCAGUACUUCCAUGGUCAGAAUGGCCAGAACCAAGUUUACAAAAUGAUUCCUGUUUUAAUGUGGUGUCAAAGGUGGAAUUUUCUGUUGGGUACACAAGUGGCGGGGAGCUUACCAAGGCAUCAGUGAAGGUGACCCUCAUGAACACCAGGCUAAACUCGGUGCUCUUGCAGGACCAUGCUGUGCAAUACCUGCUGGCCUCACCUUCACCUACCCCUGGACCCUCUCGUGCAAUAGGACUAGCCUUGGGUGCUCCAGUGAUUGGUCGAUUUGGUGAUAACAUCCGUUCUCUGACAGUACAGGGGACGUCUCAGGGGGGAAAGUGCUCUAAUCUGCCUGAUGCCCAAACACCAGUCCUCUUCACACACAACCUUUUCACUGGUUGCUCCUUCAGCUUCCUGUCAGACAAUUGUUAUGAGCUGCGAUCUCAACUCUUUGGCAUCCUAGAGGGCGCUGCAAUCCCUGAACAAGUGGCCAUGAACUCAGGCACCCAGCCAAACUGGACAAGAGUCAUUGUGCAAAACUGCUCUUAUACUCCAUCGGACAAUUCCUGUGAGUCAGGCUGCCUUGUACCCCUCUCCCUCUCUGUCCAGCUGCUCUGGGCACGGCAAGGACUCCUGUCUUUACCUCAGAAACAGAUACUUGGGGCAAAAUUUAUAUUCCGAUGUCAGGCUGUGAAGUGCCCUGUUACCUCCCUUGCAAUAACAACUGAUGUGACAUUCUCUGACGCCACUGGGUAUCCAGAAUCCCCCAGAGGCAAACCACAGCCUCAGUGGAAAUUCCCUUUUGGGUUUUUUUCCCGAGGUGCAGAGGAGCAGGAUGCUGAACUUGUGAUGAACCACUAUGAAGACGGCGGGGCAGCGUGGGGCACUGUGUGCUUUUUCAUUUUUCUACUGUCAGUGAUAUUAUAGAAUUUUGACCUAAUACCAAUCAUGAGUGUAGUGCAAGUUUCAGUACUUGGUAUGAACAAACAGAACACUAUGCUGGUUAUCAUUGUUGAGUUAUUUAAAUAAUAAAUCAAAGAAAAUGUAAA